UUCUCCCUCCCAGGGCAAGGUCACAGUUUGUUUCUGUUCAAUCCAGAUUCUUCCAGUAAAAGCUUCAACUUCCCACAUUGAAGCUGAGAGCCUCCCAAAAUGCUGGCUACCUGCUGAGCACCCCGUAACUCUGAGACAGUGGUAAUUUGACCCUCUGCAAUUGCCGUCUGCUUCCUGCCAAAGUCCUUUCCGUGACUGCUGACCCUUGGGUGUGCCUUUGAGCUGCUGACUUCCAGCUGGAACUUGAAGGGACCCCCAACCUUGAGACACUAUGGCCCUGACCUCAGAAUUGGGGAAACAGAUAAAACUGAAAGAGGUGGAAGGGACCCUCCUGCAGCUUGCAACUGUGGACAACUGGAGCCAGAUCCAGAGCUUCGAGGCCAAACCAGAUGAUCUCCUCAUCUGCACCUACCCUAAAGCAGCCUCAGGGACAACGUGGAUUCAGGAAAUUGUGGAUAUGAUUGAACACAAUGGGGAUGUGGAGAAGUGCCAGCGAGCCAUCAUCCAACAGCGCCAUCCUUUCAUUGAGUGGGCUCGGCCACCCCAACCUUCUGGUGUGGAAAAAGCCAAAGCAAUGCCCUCUCCACGGAUACUAAAGACUCACCUGUCCACUCAGCUGCUGCCACCAUCUUUCUGGGAAAGCAACUGCAAGUUCCUUUAUGUAGCUCGAAAUGCCAAAGACUGUAUGGUUUCCUACUACCAUUUCCAAAGGAUGAACCACAAGCUUCCCGACCCUGGUACCUGGGAAGAGUAUUUUGAAACCUUCAUCAAUGGAAAAGUGGUUUGGGGUUCCUGGUUUGACCAUGUGAAAGGAUGGUGGGAGAUGAAGGACAGAUACCAGAUUCUCUUCCUCUUCUAUGAGGACAUAAAGAGGGACCCAAAGCAUGAAAUUCAGAAGGUGAUGAAGUUCAUGGGAAAGAACUUGGAUGAAACAGUGCUAGAUAAAAUUGUCCAGGAGACGUCAUUUGAGAAAAUGAAAGAAAAUCCCAUGACAAAUCGUUCUACAGUUUCCAAAUCCAUCAUGGACCAGUCCAUUUCCCCCUUCAUGAGGAAAGGAACUGUGGGGGAUUGGAAAAACCACUUCACUGUUGCCCAGAAUGAGAGGUUUGAUGAAAUCUAUAGAAAAAAGAUGGAAGGAACCUCCAUAAACUUCUGCAUGGAACUCUGAGCAAGAUAUAAAUAAAAUUAAAAGGUGGAUGGCAAGAGUGCAAAUACUAUCUUCGAUACUUCAGUCCCAGCCAGAAGAAUCUCUGAAAGCCUACUGUGAAUGUAUAUGAUGUGGUACAAACUAUGUCUAUGAUGAUUAACACUAUGUCACCACUUCACUUUUAAAAAAGGAUCACGUCUAAUGUCCAUUUUCUCAACUAUUCUUUCCAAAGUAAGAAAUAAGAUAGCUUAAUAAACUAAGUAAAACAUAUGACUUGAAUAUUAAAAAGUUCGUUUUAAUCCCCAUUAUUCUAGAAAAUGUGUCCUAGUCCAAAUAUUAGGUUAUGUCUAUAUUAAUAACAAAAUUUCUGGCAUCUGUCCUGGCCAUUCAAGGAAAUCCAGCCUGGGCUGAGUCCUGGAGUUCUGCCAGGUCUCAGGAACACUUUGAGGGCAACUGUGGUGCAGCCAGCCCUGAGGAAACAUGGCCUGAGUGCUCUCACUGGCAAAUGGGAAUAAAUGGAAGUGCACAGAAGAGAUGUCAGAAAACCAAAACCUGGUUAAUCGUCCUAGUGCUAGGUCAUGUAGAAAACAGAAAGCAUGAUGGUGGCCUUUUAGGAACCCAAGUUAUAUCCUGGUGAAAGCAGAAAGGAGAAGACAGGAUGGCUGGCAACAGUGUCAUCAUGGGCAUGGCUCUCAGGCGUGGAGGUAAUUGGGUCUUGGCUUCAAUGCUACCCGUUUGGGAAGCCCUAAACCAAGUGAGGUGUUCUUUUCCCCCACUUCCCAUGUUUGUCCCAGUUGCAGGCCUGUUGUUGUGCAUUUACUUAUCAAUUUCUUAUCUGUUCCUCUCACUCAAUUGUUAAUUCUUUGGGGUUCAGUCUCAUGCAGUAUUUACUCCUAGUACCUAAUGCAGUGCCUGGCACACAAUAAGUGCCCUUGAGAACUUGUUGAGGGAGUAAAAAAAUGCAUGGAUAAAUGACUACAGCAAAUGACAAAUUCUCAACUUUGACACUUUUUUUUUAGUCCCAAACAGUGGCAUUCUACAGCUUUGGGUAGUAAGAGCACUUCACCCUGGGAGCAGGCAAUCAGAGGAAGCAUAAAACCAACUAAAAUUCUGACUGUUUUUUGUUGGAUUUUGGAAAGUAUUCUUUUUUUUUAACAGGGCCCCACUAUGUUGCCCAGGCUAGUCUCAACUGACUGCUUUUUAUUAUCACCAUACACUGGCAAUUCCAAACAAUGUCGAUGUUAAAAUACUUCUCCCUGAAAAAAAGAAAAAAACUCCUCUUGUCCUAAGUUCUAAAUAAUAGCUAGGUUACUACUGAGUUUUAACUAUAUGCAUGUGAGCUUCAAAUAAGCAUCUUUUUAUUAUGUAAAUAAAUAAAAGUGAUCUGCAUCCCCA